GCAUCAGCAGCUGCUGAGGCCAAGUUCAUCAGCUCACACGCGCUAGGAAUGGCAUUGCUGCACACUACCAGAUCACACAACAACACAGUAUAUGGGAAAAUUCACACAGACAGCAACACGCUUAUUUACAAAUGAUCCGAUGCACAUUAGGGCAUAGCAAGUUGAGGAAACCUGUACCGGAGACACCUCACAAAAACAACAGCACAUACAGAUAGAUAGAGCACCAGUCAGUCAAGAGGAGAGGGGGGUUCAGUCCUUCAAAGAAAGAUAAGAAAACAUCACACUUCAAUUGUUGGAGAAAAACUGAACGCGUCAGCGUUAUUUGGAAGUUUUUUUUUUGCGAUUUUUUUUGCAUACUGGCCUAUCAUCACAUCUCGGCAUCCUUACAAAUAGCAUCGGUCCACUUUGGAAGUGACGAGUGUGCCAACAAUAGUGGUAGGGCAUAAAAUACUUUUUUUGCAAUCCUCUCAUUCUAAUCUAGGUUUAACGAUUUGGUCAGCGAACUAUUGCUAACUUUUGUUGUGUCUAUGGUGUAAGUCUAAAACGUAAUCUAUUUCAAAACGUUAACUUGCAUUGUUUUGUUCGUAAAAAUAACAUUUGGAUUGGAAUUUUGGAGAAAGAUGCUGUGCGCACCGAGAAUGGAAACAGGUCCGCGAUUGUGGCUUUAAGCCCUUUCUUUUUCUAAUAUCUUAACAACCAGUAUUCUAUUUGAUUAUCUUACAGAGAUAAAACUUCAGUAAAUUCUAAAUAACCUUAUUGGUGAGCUUUUUAUUGGUGAACUUCCGUUCCCGAAGAAGCGCCUGUCAGUUUGUUCUCCUGUUAACUUUGUAGGUAGCCUAAAACUUCCUGACCGGCUGUCACUUCUUAUAUUUCAACUUCUAGAUUACCAGAUAUCAAUAACUCUAAUCAAUGUUUCACUUGUACAUAUAGGAAACGCUAAACUGAAUGGAUACAUCUAAUUUCUGAAAAGAUAAGAAAUAUAAGGCUUGACUUUUCAACAUUUUACGCAAGAAUUACGCGGGAUAGUUGCAGUAGGAUAUUUGGCAAAACAUCAUCAACAUUUUGUCAUUAUAUCUAGAUAAAGAUAAAUAACAAUAUUCAUUUAUCUCUCCACGGUCUCCAAACCUACACACCCCUGCGUAGAGGACGCGUUUCCUGCCCCGCACACCACCGGCAUCAAUGUCAUUGCUAACCUCCUGAAAGCUGCAGUUAUCUCGUCGCUGAUACAGAGAGAAAUCCAGACAUAGAAUGGCCGAUGAGCUGGUAACCAUCACUCAUGGGAUUGUGGUGUGACUUGUUCGGCUGGAGGGAAGACUGCUGAUAUUCUUUGAAAAAUCUUCAUAGACUCAGUGCGUGUUCAAUCUACCAGAGCAGGGAUGAUCCGGAUCUUCCCGGAUUUCAGCGUUCAGGUGACGGCGGCAGGUGGAGGAGCCGGGGGAAUGCCAUCAGGUCCUGCGGUGGGGAGAAUCCCCGGUACCACUAACGGGAACCCGCAGAACGUCCAGGGGAUCACGUCCUAUCAACAAAGGGAAAUUAAAACCCUACACCCUUUCUGCAUGGAGGGAUCAGAGGAGGAGGCCGUAGUUGAUGCCCAAUUCAUGUCCAAAUUCCCCCACGACCCUUACUGGGAGAGGCCUGCUAAUACCAGCUCGUGUUCAGCCUCUAGGCCCAAGACACUCCACCUUGGAGGGCAACAACAUACCUCAUCGCCAUGGUUGCAGGCUCUGAGGAAGGAGAAGUCCCGGGAUGCGGCUCGCUCGCGGCGGGGGAAGGAGAACUUUGAGUUCUAUGAGCUGGCCAAGAUGCUGCCCCUGCCCGGGGCCAUCACCAGCCAGCUGGACAAGGCUUCCAUCAUCCGCCUCACUAUUAGCUACCUGAAGAUGAGGGACUUCGCCAACCAGGGGGACCCACCAUGGAACCUGCGCAUAGAAGGCCCACCACCCAACACCUCCGUCAAAGCUAUAGGAGUACAGCGAAGGAGGACUCCCAGUGCAGUAGCCUCAGAGAUCUUCGAGCCACACCUCGGGAGCCACAUAUUGCAGUCCCUGGAUGGAUUUGUAUUUGCACUAAACAAGGAGGGAAGGUUUUUGUACAUCUCUGAGACGGUGUCCAUAUACCUGGGACUUUCACAGGUGGAGCUGACAGGCAGCAGUGUGUUUGACUACGUCCACCCUGGCGACCACGUUGAGAUGGCAGAGCAGCUGGGCAUGAAGCUGCCUCCAGGCCGAGGCCUCCUCUCUCAGGGCACUGCCACAGAGGACGGCGCCAGCUCUGCCUCCUCCUCCUCACACGCAGAGACCCCCGAGCCAGUUGAGUCCACCAGCCCCAGCCUGCUUUCCCCAGACAACACUCUAGAGCGCUCCUUCUUCAUCCGUAUGAAGUCCACACUGACCAAGAGAGGUGUCCACAUCAAGUCUUCAGGCUAUAAGGUGAUCCAUGUUACAGGCAGGCUGAGAAUCCGGAUGGCAUUGACCCACAGUCGGUCUGUACCCAUUCAGAUCAUGGGCAUGGUGGUGGUAGCCCACGCCCUCCCCCCUCCCACCAUCAACGAGGUGCGCAUAGACUGCCAAAUGUUUGUCACCAGGGUCAACAUGGACCUCAACAUUGUCUACUGCGAGAAUAGAAUUAGUGACUACAUGGACCUGACGCCAUUGGACAUCGUAGGGAAGAGGUGUUACCAGUUCAUUCAUGCGGAGGACGUGGAGGGCAUCCGGCACAGCCAUUUAGACUUGAUAAACAAGGGACAGUGUGUGACCAAGUACUACCGCUGGAUCCAGAAGAACGGUGGGUACAUCUGGAUCCAGUCCAGUGCCACCAUCGCCAUCAAUGCCAAGAACGCCAAUGAAAAGAACAUAAUCUGGGUCAACUACGUACUCAGUAAUCCAGAGUACAAGGACACUCCAAUGGACAUCGCCCAGCUGCCCAACCUUCCAGAGAAAGCCUCUGAGUCUUCAGAGACUUCCGACUCCGAGUCCGAGUCCAAGGAGAACUCUGAAGACAACGAGAACUCGAAGUCGGACGGGAAGGGGAACCAGACUGAGAACAGCGAGGACCCGGAGACAGACAGUAAAAAGCAGCAGCAGGGCCAGUCGUCCUCAGAGCAGGAGAUGAGGCGUCAGGAGGAGGGAGACAGCUCCUCCAACCCAGAGAGCCAGGAGAGCGAGGAUGACCUGGAGCCCAGCGACUGCGAGCUGGAGACCAAGGAGAGCAGACUAGGCCGACUGGGGGGCCUGCACAUCAAGGUGGAGCACUAUGGAGAUAGAGAUGGAAGAGUGGAGCUGCACAACUCGCCGUCCUCCUCUGAAGAAGAGGAAGAUGAUGACGAUGAUGAGGAAGAUGAUGAUGAUGACGACAGCGUUAAAGACUGUGACAGGGCCACUGAGAUGCUCGCCGCCCCCGCCGCCAGCAAGCAGCAGAAGCGUAAGAAGAGGAGGAAAAAGCAGAAGUGGGACGGUAGUCGUUCUAGACGCCUGCGCCUCUCCUCUGCCACCACCAGCCCUGGCACCAUGAACCACCCCACCCUCCUGCUGCCCCCCUCCCCUGCCAGUGCAUCCGUGCUCAAGAUCAAAACGGAAAUGUCCGAGCCCAUCAACUUCGACAACGACAGCAGCAUCUGGAACUACCCUCCUAACAGGGAGAUCUCCAGGAAUGAGUCCCCCUACAGCAUGACGAAGCACGUCCCAACCCACGACACCUUUCCCUCCCCACAGCCUGGCAGUCUGCAGGUCUCCAUCCCAGACUCAGUGCUCACUCCCCCAGGAACAGAGGGAGGAGGCGGGGGUGGAGGAACCAGGAAGGGCGUACCCCCCUCCUUCAACGGUAACAGCAGCGCCCCCUCCUCGGCCUCCAGCGUGGCCAGCCUGGCCCCUCCCUCCAGCUCUGGCUCCUCCUCCGACCCCCUGUCCCCACCCCUCUCAGCCUCGCCGCGCGACAAGCAGCAGGGUCAGGGCACCCCCACCACCUCCAACUCCUCCUCCUCCCUGCUGUACACCAGCGACCUGGAGGCCCUGCAGAGGUUGCAGGCUGGGAACGUGGUGCUUCCUCUGGUCCACCGGGUCACCGGCACCCUUGCCACGACCAGCACUGCCGCCUCCCGGGUGUACACCACUGGCACCAUCCGCUAUGCCCCCGCCGACGUCACCUUGGCCAUGCAGGCAGGCGCCAACCUGUUGCCCAACAACGUUGCCCACGCUAUGAACUUUGUGGAUGUCAACGGUAGCCCCGGGUUCGGCAUCGACCCCAAGACGCCCAUGGAGAUGCUGUAUCAUCACGUCCACCGGCUCAACAUGGCUGGCCCCUUUGGCGGUGCCGUGUCCGGCGCCAGCCUCACCCAGAUGCCAGCAACCAAUGUAUUCACCACGGCAGAGGGACUGUUCUCUACUCUUCCAUUCCCUGUCUACAGUAACGGGAUACACACCACACAAACUCUGGAGCGCAAAGAAGAUUAAAGCAAAACACCAAGACCAUAUUACUGUGUUCAACUGUCAAAGACUCGUUGAGGCAUAAGACUGUGUUUCAAGUGGAAAAUAAAUAUAUUCUAGCACUUUGAAUUUGAGCUAACGAGCUUAUAUAAUAGAAAUGAAUGGCCCCAUGUCUUUCUAUCUUUUCGCUCUCUCUCUACUGACUCCCACUCUAUCAAUCUCUCGUUCUCUUCUUACUCCUCUUACAGUACAAUGGACAUUUUCUCUGAUCAAACUAAACGGACUAUUCUUUAUUGUAAAGAAUUCCUUUUUGCCUACAGAGAAUGCAUAUUACCGUUGGUCUCCUACUGGAGUCUUGGGUAAACUACUUUUUAUUUGAGUUGAUUAUGUUGCAUCUUUAUGAAGAUGCCUAGUGUAUUUAAAGGUUGAUGGCGGAAAAGAUGUUUCUAUGGAAAGAAACCCUUGGAUGGUUUUGCUCCACAUCUUGAUGUGAUCAAGGUUGACGAAGACAAAAGGAUGUUCCCUGUUUGACAUGGUCAUAGACAUAACCUUAAAAGAAAGAGAUUUGAAAGUUAUUUCAUAAUGAGGGAAUAGUUGUCUAUUUUAGAAUUAAUUUUGAUUCUUUUUUUUAUAGCUCAGAUUUAACUUGCAAAUCAAGCAUUAAAAAAGCAAUUUCAUCCGGGUAUUGACCUGUGAAUAGAAUGUUACUACAAAUCCCAGGACUUUGGAACAAGAGACAGGUCAGUACGAGAUAUGUGUAUUCUCCCGGUUCCAUUUCCUCGGUUAUGUCUCAAGUGACACCCUAUUCCCUUUAUAGUGCGCCACUUUUUACCAGGGCCUAUGUGGCUCUGGUCAAAAGUAGUGCACUAUAUAGAGAAUAGGGUGCCAUUUGGGAUGCACGCCUUCUCUGCAGUUCCAUGGUGCUACUGUUCCAUCCAGUUACUACCCUCCUUCAGCAGGCUGAUGUAGGUUAUUCUGUUCCACAGCUCUCUCACAGAGAUGAGUGAUUGAGUGACAGCUGGGGAGAUUUCCUUCCUUCGGUAAAGUCAAACCUCUAAUCAACAUAUUUUCAUGUUCAUUACUACUCCCCUCAGUCAAGUUGUUUGAAAGGCUCGGUCGGAUUGGGCCUGAAGGAUAGAAUAUACCUAUAUGGAGCAGGUUGAUUUUGGUUGUAUUUUUUCAAAACUAGAUCACUUUUUCUCAGUGUAACUGAGGCUAAUUUGCAUCAUUAACUUGAAAAAUGAAUGUUUAACUUUGACCGGCUUCUGUCAAUUGUUUUUUCUACUCUACCCUUCCUCUUUCUCUUCCAUCCUAAACCUCACUACUAUCAACAACGGUCUCCCAAAUCUGUUCUUCCAUCAGCCAUUGUCGGACUCUCUGAAAUCACAUAUCAAGGAGAUUGUAAUAAGGACAUGCAUUUCAAUCAAACGGAAUAUGAGUUUUUUUUUUUAUCACAUUCCCACAUUUUUUCUCUGUUGCCAAAAAAAAGUUAUUUCACAGUUUGGUGUUAAGAACACUGUGAUUGUUGUUUAAAAAAAAUAGUAAUAAAAUGGAAAAACUGUCACUUCAUGUUUUGACAGCCGUCCAUCAAGUCAUCUAUUACCAAGCGUGAUAACCGUAAACGUGUACAAUGUGUAAGUGUCACUGGCUGUCAGUCUCCAUAGCGAUUUCAGUGUGUGUUACUAUAUGCAGUAUAUACUGAGCUGAUGUAGCCGUUUUGUCCUUUGUCUUCUCUGUGCUUUAUCUGUAGUCUGGGGUUGGACAGGGAACGUUUGUAACCCUCUCCGUCUCCUCUGCAGUCUUAGUGGACCCGUGGAGGUUAGUGGAUUUCGUGUGGUGGCCUUCCAAUGUAGCGUCACCUUUUUGCUGCUUCCUUUUGUCUGUAUUUCUUUCUGUUUCUGCUGUUGCUUUGCUGUUGUGUAGUCUACAGACCUCUCUUUCUCUCAGAGAUAAAAGUCUCUUAACUAGCUCAAAGGUUUAAGGAGCCAUUUUUUGCCACUGAGGAAUUCUGGGAUAACAGUUUCCAGCUUGCAUUUACCUACACUACGAAAAAUGACAACAAAAAGCUAAAGUAGCAUUUAGAUGUAUCUUCUAGACUGGAACCAUAAAAGCCUCAGUUGUGAAACAUUCCCAGAGUCCUUUGUGCUUCUUGUAUGCAUUGGGUGUAUUUCAUUGGUUUCCACCAAACCUGUUGACUUCAAGGACCCUGCAACUUACAGGACAAAAAGAUCACGGUAGCAUUUCAGGACAAUAAACAAUUUUAAAGAUUUCUAAAGAAAUGAAAAGAAAAAAUAUUUCGCACUAUAAAUCUAUUUUUAUAGCUAGGUGUUUUGGAAAUGCAUGUUAAUUAAGUUGAUUGUUUGGUUUAAUUAAUUUUGUUCGGUCCAGCAGCUUUGUCUCAACGUUCAGUGUUUUUUAGUCUGUCCAGCAAAGGGAGGGGGAGCCUUUGUCUUUUGAAAUGAAUCAGGCUACUCCCCUACAUCAGGAAACAGUGUCUGUGGUUUCUGUGAAGAUGUGUUGUUACUCAAAUCCAGGUCAUGAAAUAAAUGUGUUUUUAAAAAAAGAACAAAAAUUGGGGGUCGGUUGGUUGGAACGGUGGAAUGGUUGCAGGAGAGCGUAGUGUCACCACUUGAGAUUGAUUCUAUCCUAGAUGUUAGUGUUUUCUACGACGUAGCGAAGCGGGGUGAGAGUGGGAGACUGUCGGGUCGAGGGCAGCUCACUUAAAACAGACACUGUGGACGGACCAGGAAAUACACCCAUAUGUUACAACAGAACAGCAGGAUGAGCUGUUUUAAUGUCUCUGUGACUGUGUUGUGUCAAAAUGAAUUGCUGGUGAUUUAAACUUAAACUAAUCUCAGCUACUGUCAGAUAAAUAGUGUUUAAAAUUAAAAUAUGAAAAAUCACUUCAUUACCUGUGAAGACUGUGUCCGUGUUUUUAACUAUUUCUUGUACAAUUAUACAGAUUCUUUUAUGAGGAACUUGGUGCCAAGUAGAUGAAUACUACAGGAGAAGGGGAUUCUCUUAGUAUCAGUGUUAACAGUGUUAUAAAUUCUAAAUACAAACAAAUUAAAAUAUUAAAAAGAGAAAACGAUGGUACAUUUAUUAUUUUAUUUGUUUUGUUUUUUUCUUUGAAGAAAAAACACAUAACUAACUGAAGCUAACUUUGAGUGCCUGGCUUAUUUUAAAACAUUUUGAAAAACAUAUUUUUAUUUUCAUUUACCAUGAAUAAUGCUGCAAUUUCAGAAAUGUACAUACUUCAUUUUACGACAGGGUUAUUUUAUACUUUUGUAGGUUUCCAUCCAUUCAAAGAAACAUGUCAUACAUGGUUGUUCUUUCUGUAACAAGUUUUUUUUACCAUCUUACAUGUGCCAUAUUCAUAAUAAACUUCUCUUGGAUUUGUUCACA